AUGUCUGCCCAAGAAUACUAUGGCGGCGGCGGCGGUGGUGGCGGUGGUUAUCCUCAACAGCCUAAUCCCUCUUACGGUCCCCCGCAAGGCCAGUACGGUCCUCCCCAGGGCCAGUAUGGUCCCCCUCAAGGCCAAUAUUAUGGCCCGCCUCAGGGCCAGCCUCCCAUGCAGUACCAGCAAGCACCUCCUCCCCAGCAGCAAGGCGGUGGGAAGGGCGGCGGCAAUUGCUUGACAGCCUGUCUCGCGGCGCUCUGCUGUUGCUGCGUGUGCGAAGAAGGCUGUGAAUGCUGUUUCGAAUGUUGCGAUUGUCUCUUUUAA